AUGGAGCUAUCCAUUCUCAACAGGCUCAAGAAGCUCUGGGAUGUAUGGGAUAUCCCAACCUGCAUUCUCUUAAGCCUCUUGUUGCAGGUUUUCUUAGUACUCUUUGCAUCCUGGAGGAAACGGAGUAGUAAUUCAUUUCUUCUCUUUCUCAUCUGGUCGGCUUACUUGUCCGCUGACUGGAUCGCUGCAGUUACUGUCGGACUGAUCACUAAAGUCCUGACCAACCCUUUUCACCCUCAUGUAAAUGAAGUCCUUUAUGCCUUCUGGGCUUCCUUUCUUUUGUUGCAUCUUGGUGGCCCUGAUACCAUUACUUCUUUUGCUACCGAGGACAAUGAAUUUUGGCUCAGGCACUUGUUUAGCCUGAUUUUACAGGUUAUUGGUGCUGGUUGCUGCUUCUUAUUAACACUUCCCAACAACAAUCUAUGGAUUCCAACAAUUCUAGUCUUCGUUGUUGGAGCCGUUAAAUAUGCAGAAAGGACAAUGGCUCUAUAUCUUGCCAGCUUCGAUCAUUUUGGAGCUCCUGUUCGUGAUUUUGGAGAACCAGAUGGUGAGGGUACCGAGUUUGUUUUCAGUCCAACUUCAGAAUCAAAUCACAUGGAGUUGCUGAUGGUUUCUUAUUCCCUUUUCAACCGCUUCAAGGGGAUUGUUGUUGGCUUCCUUCCAAGCCCAAAGGUGAUAAAAUCAAGCAAAAAAUUGUUUCUCCAGAUAACAACUCCAAAUGUGGGUUUUAAAUUGAUCGAAUAUGAGCUCAGCUUCAUGUUCGAGGUUCUUCACACUAAAGUUUCUGUGGUACGUAACAGAAUUGGGCUUAUACUACGUUUGAGUAGCCUUUUUUUCGUUGUUGGAGCAUUUUUAGCGUUCCAUUUUGUAGCUGACAAGGAUGACUUUGGUGGAUUUGAAAUGUCACUAACUUAUGCCUUGCUCAUUGGGGCCAUAGGAGUUGAUGCCAUAUCUGGAAUUAAACUCUUGUUUUCUGAUUUGAUCCUGGUUUCCAAUAAUGGAUUAAUCAAGAGGUGGAGAAAGUACAUUCCAGACUAUGUUUUGAAAAGAAGAAGAUGGUGUGAGUCAGUUUGCCAGUAUAAUAUGAUAGAUUAUUGCCUAGGUGAGCGUUGGUUAUGGAACUACAGCUUACCUUACUGUGUUAGGUUCAUGGUGGAAAAGAUCAAAAUCAUAUUGUUUUCAACCUCAGAGGAUGAGAUUGAAGAUCUCAAGUGCUUCAUCUUUGGAAAGCUCCAUAGGAAGAAGUUCACGACGAGAUUCCAUUUCCACAUUUCUCCUGAUGACCCAAUAAGGUUUGUUGAUUUGAGUAGUGAGCUUAGAUAUACAGAACAGGUUCUUCAGCUGCACUUGAUUACCGAAAUUCGUUACCACCAGACACAGAUCGAAUCGAGAAACUAUGCAGAAGCAGGAAAAAGAAGCAGAAGAAUUAGCAAGCUGAUUUCGGAUUAUAUGUUUUAUCUACUAGUCAUGAAGCCUGAAUUACUUGGUCCAUCAGUUGUGGGGAUAAAUUGGCAAAUGACACUGGAGGAUACAUUCACGGAGGCCAAGAGAUACCUGAAGAAAUACCAAAUUUCAGAUCAUGUAAAAGCCUGCAAUCAGCUUAGUGACUAUAAUGAUGAUCAUGUGGAUGAAACAGAUAGGAGGAGGAGCGAAUCUUUGCUGUCCAAGGCAUGUUUACGUGCAAAAGAUUUGAAACUGGAAAGGCAUUGGAAGGAUUUGAGUACAGAGUGGGUAGAGGCAUUGUGCAUAGGAGCCAUGAGAUGCAGACCAAUAUUACAUGCACAGCAGCCAAGUAGGGGUGGUGAACUUUUCACUUUCUCUUGGUUUCUUCUCAAUCAUUUAGGAGGAACACAGGGUACUAAUGGAGGAGACGAGGAAAGCAACGUGUCUGACUUUACAGACAUGGAAAAUGAGACAGAGACGGGAAACAACAUACAACAAAGCAAUGCGAGUACAUCCUAA